AGGCGGCGGCUCGGCUCGGCUCGGCGCGGCGCGGCGCGGCGCGGGGGGGGCGGGAGCCGGGGCCGGGCAGGUUGCGCCGCUGCGCCCGCCCCUCCAGCAGCGGGGCGGCCCCAGCCCCGGCUCUGCGCCUGCCCGCCGGCGCCCACCGCCGCCUGCUCCCGGACCGGACCCGCGACGGACGCGGCCUCCGGGCGCACGGGCACGCUCCUUCAGCAAAGGCGGCUAAACCUUCACGGCUGCCAGUUUGUGAGGAGGGUUCUCCAUCUGCUGUGCUCGUCUCAUGUCGUGCUUGGAGGUUGUCUGUCUUCUGUGUGCUGCCACCUCUGCCUAGCUGUUCGACAGAAGUGGAUUGUGAAUUUAAGCCUUUGAUAACUGCAGGCCGUCAGCAUUACUGCCUUCGAGAUAGAUAACAACUCUCAAAGCGUCUUCAGGGGAUGCACCAUGACAUCAGCAGUGAUUGACACGGGAGGCCCUGGCCUGGAGUUCGACAGCAAUGGAAUAAAAAAUCAAGAGGAAAAUGAGCCAGUCUCUGAAUUCCCAGCAGUGAUUGUGGAGCCAGUUCCUAGUGCCAGACUAGAACAGGGAUAUGCUGCACAGGUCCUGGUUUAUGAUGACGAGACUUACCUGAUGCAAGAUGUAGCAGAGGAGCAAGAAGUUGAGAGUGAAACUGUGGAAACAGGGGGGUGGAAGAUCUGCAUGAAAAAAUGGGGAUCUGAAAAUGAGCCCCUCCAGGAUUACGAUCUGAUGGAAAAAUAUUGAGCUACACAGACAACAAUGAUGUGGAGGCAUCGGUUCAUGGAAGUAAUGUGCACUGCAGGGAUAAGACAAUUGAAGCUGCAGAGGCCUUGCUUCAUAUGGAGUCUCCAACCUGCCUGAGAGAUUCCAGGAGUCCUGAAUUUAUCCAUGCAGCCAUGAGACCUGACGUGAUCACAGAAACAGUAGUGGAGGUAUCAACGGAGGAAUCUGAGCCAAUGGAUGCGUCUUCUGUUCCAACUUCUCCUGAUAUCCAUGAACCAAUGAAAAAGAAAAAAGCAGGCCGUAAACCGAAGACCCAGCAAUCGGCUAUGUCUGAUGGGUCUCCAGAUCUGGGUAUAAAGAAGAAACCUAGAGAAGGCAAAGGAAAUACAACGUACUUAUGGGAGUUUCUUCUGGACCUUCUCCAGGACAAAAACACUUGUCCUCGAUACAUUAAAUGGACUCAGCGAGAGAAGGGAAUCUUUAAACUUGUGGACUCAAAAGCUGUUUCCAAACUAUGGGGAAAACACAAAAACAAACCUGACAUGAACUAUGAGACUAUGGGAAGAGCUCUGAGAUACUACUAUCAAAGAGGAAUCCUUGCGAAAGUUGAGGGUCAGAGGCUUGUAUAUCAGUUUAAGGAGAUGCCAAAAAAUAUAGUUGUCAUAGAUGAUGACAAAAGCGAGUCCUGCAGUGAAGAUUUGUCAAUGCCUACAGAUGAAAAGUCAUUGGAAAGAGUGUCUCUAUCUGCAGAAAACCUUCUAAAAGCGGCAACCUCUGCACGUGGAGGAAAAAAUUCCUCUCCGCUAAGCUGUACCAGAACAGAAAAAGCAGUCACCAGAGUUGUGAAUAUUGCCUCACCAGCGCAUGAUACAUCAUCAUCUCGUCCCUCAACUACCACUACUACUGUCCCAGCAACGACAGCUCCCAGGACUGUACGUGUGGCAAUGCAAGUGCCUGUUGUAAUGACCUCUCUGGGACAGAAAAUCUCAACUGUGGCAGUGCAGUCGGUAAACGCAGGGUCACCGUUAAUAACUAACACAAGUCCAACAACAGCAACAACUCCAAAGGUAGUAAUCCAGACAAUCCCUACUGUGAUGCCAACCUCUGCUGAGAACGGAGACAAAAUCACAAUGCAGCCUGCCAAAAUCAUUACGAUCCCUGCCACGCAACUGACGCAGUGUCAGUUACAAACAAAAACAGGCCUGUCUGGGUCAGGAAGUAUUAACAUCGUGGGAACCCCGUUGGCUGUUAGAGCACUAACCCCGGUGUCUAUAGCUCAUGGGACACCAGUAAUGAGACUAUCGGUGCCUGCUCAGCAGGCGUCUGGCCAGACUCCUCCCAGGGUGAUUAGUGCCGUUAUAAAAAGUCCAGAAGUCAAAUCAGACGCAGCGGCUUUAAAACAGGAUCGUGAAGUGAAAACGCUGCAGCUGGUAAAAGAAGAGAAGCCGGCAGAUGGAAGCAAGACUGUAACCCACGUAGUAGUAGUUAGCACGCCCUCAGCUAUUGCGCUUCCCGUAACAAUGAAAAGAGAAGGAAUCAUAACGUGCGAGAAAUGAAGAAUUGGCUGCUUCCAGCAUGGACUUGUAGACUGUUACGGUUUUGAAUAUACUGACAGAAUUUUGGGGGGGAAGUGGAUGCGAUCGCCAAGUCGGAAAGGAGCGUUUUGAAAUGUUAAUAAACAUGCAUAUAUUGAAGACUUACUGCAAAAAAAAUUUAUUUUCCCGUGUUUCAGUGGGAAUUGAACCACAUUGAUAAUGCUGACAAAAACUGCCUCUUCCAGUUGGGAAACAGCUGAACCUACAGAGAAGGAAGGAUAGAGGGACUGAAAAGGGACCAAACAGUUCACUACGUUACCCGUUACCAAGUUACACUAAGACCUGGAACACUAAAAAGAGAGCUGUGUGAGAGGUUUGCCUUGGCUUUUAGUUUUCAGGGGGAGAGGAAAGUCUCAUUGUUAAAAAAUCUGAUGCGUGUUAUAUGCAUACCAGCAAUUACUACUGUGUGCCCACAGUACUCAACUGGUGCUAUGUGAAAAACUCUGCUACUAGGUAUUGUAGAAUGUGAAAUAAAGGAGAAGAUUAAAGAGCUUCUAAAUGAAGACAGAGACCUAGAGGGUUGGUUUGGUUUUGUUUUUUUUUUGUAUCAUACAGCUUAAGCAGAUUCAAAAUGAAAGCCUUAGACUGAUUUUCAGUUAUCUUUCUUGAAAUAAGCUAAUGGCUUGUUUGUGUAAAGCUUUUUUAUUAAAACAAAUUUUCUAAAAAUCUUGUACCUAGCACAGUAUUGUUAUAGAAUUACAUGUAACAUAUUUUGUAUGGUAGUUAAAAGUCUGUCUAAAUUUCUUAAUUGUGGACAAAAUGGCAGCAGGCUUCCCGCCUGCUGCUGUAACAUGCCUGUGUCUCUCACUUGGCCUUGACAUCCGUGCAUACAUUUCAGUUUCAGCUCUACUCUCUCACUUGAAAGGUCACGCCCAGCAUGAGCUUUUGUCAGGUAGUUCUAAACCUGUAAAUUUUUUUUUUAGUUGAAGUUAAGAGGGAAGUACCAGUGUUCAGAAUGAACUAUAAUAGUUUGUAUAUUCAACAUUUGAAGUAUAUUCUAUUUUGUUGUACUCUUGUUUCAAAGUGUAUUCAAGUAGGUUUUACUGAAAUAUAGAAACGAAAUUUAAUGG